CAAGCGUUUCCCGUCCUAACUAAAUCCAAUCCCACGAUCUCCCACAUCUCACACCCAGCCUACAGUUUUCGGUAGUCUACCCGUGGGCCGUGUUGAGUAGCGAAACGAUACAUUUUUUUUUUUUUUUUACUAAAAAAAUUUCUCACUUCAAUCCAACCCAGUUACAAUUAUUUCACGUUUAACUGUUGGGAUAACUACCUAUCUAAACUAUAGCGCAUGAAGGCAUCAGCCUUCUUAACCUCUAAUUAUUCCUUUUUUUUUCUUUUUCGCCUCCCCCCCGGAAGAAUUUCCUAUGACUACUGCUCUGGAACGGUCGGUAACGUUUAACCUCACCUCGUCCCUAUCCUCCGUUCGAAUUUUUUCGCUUCAAACAACGGAGGAAAGAGAAAUAGGUGUCGUCGCCCUCGGUUGACUGGCUGGCUCGGAACAAGCUUUCGGGUCGGGUCAGCAGUACGCGAGCGUAUGCCUCGCGCUUCAGCAUCGGUAAAGCGACAGCACGGUGCUUCGAUCCCUCGAGAUACCAGACAGCACGAGAAUGGCUUGGUAGGCCCAGGGAAGCGCGUUUCUAAGCAGAAGAGCCUGGGCCAUAUGAAUGGAAUCGCGAAGCAGCCUGACGACGAUGCGGCUGUACCCCCUGUCCCACCAACACCACCCCCCUGUGCGAACGGCUACUCCAAGCAACCACUCGAAAUGCCCGUAGAAAACAGGAUUACCGAGUCGCUUAGAAGGAGCUCGCUUGGUGGCUAUUCCGAGUCCUCCUCUUCGGAAUCGUAUAACUCUCAAGUCGGAACUAUCGAGGAGAACCACCGCCGAAUCGAUGUUAACGCCACGAAAAAUUCAAAUGUUCAUCGUGAUCCCGGCCCACUUGGUGUCGACUUCGCUUUGACCGUACUUCGGUCGUGCCCCUUGCAAGACACUAUUGCUAUCCUUAUCAUCUUGAUGCAAAUUCCUCCACUGGCUUUGUCUUGCAUCUACGUGCUUUUCACCCUGCUUACUUUCGUGACCAGCAACGGCCUGACAUUCAGCGACGUAUUUGAAUGGAAUCUAGGUGCUCCUUCUUUGGCAACCGUCAUCUGCGUCGAUGGGAUUGUGCUCUUGAUUUGGCUGUUCCUAUGGGGUCCGAUUCAGCAUGUCAUUCUCGACCUGGCACAGAUGGUUAUUGCUUUGGGGUUGGGCGGCGGUUCCAGUUCAAGAGACGGCGGCUCCAUGAAAAAUACUCUUAUCUGCUUAAGUAUGAUCCUGCUAUCUCACAUCCUGCGCCAUACGAAGAUGAAGUACUCCCCUAUAGGGUACCUCCUUGGUUCGAGCCGAUUCAUGAUGCCUGAUCUGGAUGAUCCGCUCGAAUCUCUAGAGUCCAUACGCGGUUAUGACAAGGUCCAGACAGGAUGGUUCGGUUGGAUUAAGAGCAUAUUGGCAAUUCACAUUUUGACGCAGGGGCUGGUUAAGUACAUACGCGAUUGGUAUCUGAGGCGGGAAAGGCGCGAUGUCCUUGCUCAGAACGCCGCCGAUCCUGAAGCAGGGAAAUCCUACACCGCAGAAAACGACGGCGGAUUUUCGACCCCCGAUAGCGAUACCGCUUCUCUUCAAAAUUCAACAGCGUUAACUACAAAAAAGAAAAGAAAACAAAGCGCUCAGAUUCGGAAUCGACAACCGCUCUGGGCAGCUCUAGCGAGCACUAAGAUAGUUGUUGUGAAAGAAUACGAACUUACUCAUGCUGCAGCAGAGUCUGCAGGUUCUAAUGCUACUGACAUUCAUAACUUGGGGAAUGCCCCUUUCAACACGGAGCCUGAGCAGAUCUGGAUUACGUAUGUUGGCUGCGACGAGGUUUGUUUUAGCACUAGUCACUUCUUUAGCACACCCGUGCCUGAGGUUGCGCAAGACGGAUCGAGGAUGGAUAUUCCCAAACCCUUCUAUGUCAGAGUUAACAAUGCAGUUUGGCAACCUACUCGGAUGUUACCAGUUCAUGAUGCUGAGGCAGAUGCCAGCCAGGGAACUCGGUGGAGCGGGGACAUUUACGGGCUCACUCCAAUGUCGAAUUACGAGUGCGAAUUCGUCAGUGCUACGACACAUGAGAUUCUGUUUUCGACAAGUGUUAGGACAACUCAGGCUCGGUCGACAGACGUGGACUCUAGUACUUCGAAACCCGCUGGCCAGCGUUCUCUUCGGCCCGACUCGCCCAUUACAACCCUCAAGACGUCGAUUGCUGCUGCAGAAAGCAAACUCGCGGAGGAAAAGGCCCGACACAAGGCUUUGCGCAAGGAGUUCCAUCGGAAAGCGAAUGCUAUGAAGAAAGAUAACGAAAAACUCUCUGCGGCAGUCCAGUCAGCUGGCACGGGUGACGACAAGUUGCGCCAGAAGAUCCAGCAGAAUACUACCCAACACAAACAGGCCGAGCAGGCAGUCAUCAACCUCGAGGCGGAGUUAAAAGAGUUUGCAUCCAUUCCCGAAUCUUUGAAGUCGGUCUGGAAGGCGAAGCAGUCUGCAUGGACUAAUGAGAAAUCCAAGUACGAUGGCGCAGUGGCUGCGUUCAAGAGCUUCAAGGCAUCCGUGGACCGCGGGAUCAAGGCUCUCCAAGAGGAAAAGACAGGCCUCCAAGCUAAGCGUAACAAAAUUAGCAAUCGCAUUGCCAAGGUCGAUGGUGAGCAUGCACGUAUCGCCGAUGCUAAUGCUCGCGGUCUUGACGAAGCGGAGCGGCGGCGGCAGGCGCGUGAAACGUACGAGAACGACAUCGCAAAAGUGGAACAGGAUCUCAACGCCAAGAUCAACGAACUCGAAGCUGCUAUAUAUAAUAAGGAGCGAGAAAACGAGAUACUAAAAACCCAGUUAGAGUCGCUCCAUACACAGCAAGCAGCUUAUGCCUAUGCGAACUCGUACGAUUUCUCCGAUGCUUCUGCUCCAUUUUCGUCUCCCGGUUCGGCGCCGCAAGUCACGACAAAUGCGACCAACUCCGGUGCGUACGACGCCACAGCUGCUUGGAACAACAGCCUUUACACUUCGUCCCUUUGGGGUCCAUCCCCCCUUGCUCCGGGGUUUGCGCCGCAGGGAACUGCUGCGCUGAAUGUUCAACUACCCGUGGCCAAGGCGCGUGGGCGUUCCUCGUCGAUGCUCAGUGAUGUAUCUGGCUUUACGCAAAGCAGCACAGCCGACAACGAAGGGCAUAGCACGGUUAGGGGAAGCAUCGGGAAUCUUGGAGCGUCUCCAGGCCUCGAGUACCCUACGCCUACUGGACCUCGCAGAAAUGUCAACGGCGAGAUAAUGAGCGACGGUACGGGUAGCCCUAGCAGCGGUAGUAUUGGAACUGGUAGUGUCGGAGAUCCGAUGAGCCCCGGGCCUUGACGAGAUGGUUGUAGGAGUGCUUUAGUUGUGCUGUCAGCGCAAUUAGGGACUGUCUUCAAGAGUCUGCAGCAAUGUGCUUUCUGCCGCAUCCAUUCGGAUUGAGUAGAUUGGAUUAGGCAAUGAUAGGCGUUUUUCUUUCACUUUACAACCUGUUCCAACAGCGCAACUUUAUGUGACGUGAUGAUUUUUGUAUGAAGCCUAGCUCUGGUGUCAUGAAUAUCCGAUAGGUAAGGUAAAGGUAUCUUGUAAGACAUAUUUCGCAAGCGCGCAUAACUUAAGAUGCAGAUGAUUUUGGCAUCUACGGUAUUCUAACCUAACGAUAUUUACUUGAAAUGAUGUAUGUUUAUACUAUAAUAUGUUUGUUUUAUGUGCUCAUAUGCUUUGAGGUAAUAAAAAAUGCGGUCAAAGGUACCUAGGUG